AUGCAUGCGACCAUCAAACCCGCUCCAGGCGAGCUGAUUAUCGCGAAAAAUCACGACUCAGCCCUCAUGGGUACCUUUUUCGAAGCUACGUUGCGCGGUACAGAUACGGACUGGGUUUUCAUGGCUGGGUCGGAGACUAGCGGGGCUAUCCUGUCUACCAUUUGCCACGCGAGGGAUAUAGGGCUGCAGGUUACUGUUCUUUCGGAUUUGCUUAUGGAUCAGGAUGAAGAGGUGCAUUGGCUGUUGGUUGAGGGGGUUUUUGGGAAGAUGGGGGAUGUUGUUACGGCGAAGGGGUGGGUCGAUCAGUUGAAUGCGGAGGCCCAGAAUUGGGGAAUCUGA